CCUGUUGUGUAGAUAGUUAACAAGGCCGCCUAUGACGAAACAUGUGGCGGUUUCCCACAAACUAACAUGGAAGAUAAAACCAGGUUGCACAGCGACGCGAAAUGGACGACGUUGUUAUUGCUAAUACUUCUAGAAGAGACAGCUGGCCUGGAAUAUGCUUCCUAUUACCAGGACCACAUGGUCCUCCAGAGGGCGCCCCAGAGAGCCUUACUAUGGGGAUAUGGAAGACAGAUUGGAGAUCCGGUUACUGUUGAUGUCUCUGGAAAAGGAUCUGUUCACACAAGAAUCAUAAAAUAUACGAAUGGAACUGGUGGUGUUUGGCAAGUUAAGCUACCGGCAGUUUAUGAUGCAGGACCUUUCAACAUAACUGCAUUCUCCCCAGAAGGAAAUGUAUCAAUAGAUGAUGUUUUAUUCGGAGACGUGUGGAUGUGUUCCGGACAGACUGACAUGGCCUUCCCAAUGUCCAAGGUUACCAACAGUACAAAUGAGAUCCAUCGGUCAGCUGAAUAUAAGGACAUCCGGAUACUUAAACCUAAAGAGUAUCAGUCUGCCACUGCUCUGGAUGAUCUUAAAGGCUUCGACAUCAAUUGGGCAGCCCCUUCAAAUGAGUCGUUGUACAACUUUUCGGCAAUAUGUUGGCUCUUUGGCGAAUACCUCUACUCCCAGAUAAGACACCCCAUUGGACUGAUCCAAGUGUCAUUUCCUGAGGCCACACACUUUUCACCUGAGAGUAGUAUUCCACCUAUAGACCAGGAAUCUUGGAAUGGCAUGAUCUACCCGCUGUCGCACAUGGUUACGUAUGGUAUCAUAUGGUAUCAAGGGUCGGGCAAUCUAAAGUCAGAUUACAACUAUGGCUAUGAUUUCAUAGUCAUGAUGUCCAACAUCAGAAGUCUCUACAGAUCCAAGACUCUCAACGAAACAAGCAGCAGCAUGCCUUUUGGAAUCGUACAGAUGGGACCGAUAACGGUACCUGCGUAUGCCGGCCAAGCAGCCGACUUCAGGUGGAGCCAGAGUUUCGACUAUGGUGUAGUUCCAAACGGAAGACUGACUGGCGCUUUUAUGGCUGUAACAACGGACCUGGUUGAUCCGCAGUCUCCGUAUGGGCAAGAUCAUCCACGAUGCAAGCAACCCGUGUCAGCCAGAUUAGUGUUGGGAGCACUAAACAUCGCCUACGGUGAUAAAGACGUGGAAUUCGAGGGUCCAUAUCCAAAUGGAAUAACUUUUGUCAGGAACGCAACCAAGUUGAUGCGGAUACAGUAUAACCAGAUCAUUGUGGUGCGAUCAAGGUCUGGAUUUGUGUUCUGCUGUUCGAGUGAGAGUUCGGAGAAAUGCUACGACACAGACAAGCAUAUUCCAGCACCCAUCCUGUUCCAUGACCAGACAUCUGUGACAAUAUCGUACGCUGACUGCGGGACUGACUGGGUUGUUGGCAUCUCCUACGAUUGGUCCGGAAGUCCGUGUGAGGCCUACGAGCAGUGCGCCAUCUACAGUAGAGACUCGGGGUUACCUGCCCUCCCUAUAUCAACGGAUGGCCUUGGUAUACUCGGCCUACUUGAAACAAUAUAUUUGUAUCCCACAGGAAGACAAGUAGUGUUUUAAAUGUGUUUCUGUC